AUGGCCGAGACUGCGCCAAAGGCAGAUGCCAAUACUCACAACAAUGCCCCCGCCCGAUCUUCCAGUAUUGGGUUUAAUCUGGGAAGGCAAUCUUCGUCGAACACGCGCAUAAACGAGAUAUUGGAGAACGCUCGUGAACGCGCCGAGUCAAUGGCCCCUACUGCUUCUCCCAACAACCUCUCCCCAAUCCCUGCCGGUAGUCCUAUCCUCCCACCCAACUCGGCUCUUAAAUCGAAUCCUGUAAACGAGGAUAGCAGCGCCGACGAGGCCACAGGCUUCAUCUCUCAUACACCACCCCUGAACUACAGCUCUCUCAACGUUACAAGCGCUGCGGCUUCUGGUCCCCGCGCUCGCAGAACAUCUACUCGAAGCUCGCGCCAAAUACCACCCUCUCAUCGAAACAGUAACAGUGGCGUACCGACUCCUCAGGCAAACCAACAGGAUGAACUAGAAGAUGAAAGUCAAUCCUGGUGGAAGGCACAAGCGGAGAAGUUCCAUUCCAUAGAGUUGGAAAACAAAGGCAGUGUCGCACGUGAUCAUCUUGCUAUCGGUAAGCUUCACGUCGAAACACUGUCGCCAACUAUCAAUACUGACUACAGCACAACAGAACGAACGUUCCUAGCAUGGUUACGAACAUCUCUUUCGUUUGCGAGCAUCGGUAUAGCUGUUACACAACUCUUCCGACUCAAUACCAGUCUCGAGAGCGGCAAUAAUGGCGAUAAGAUCUCGGACCGAAACGCUGCAACACUACGACACAUGGGUAAACCUCUCGGCACCACGUUCCUAGGUAUCAGCAUUCUGGUCCUGUUUCUUGGAUAUAAACGUUACUUCCAAUCUCAGCACUAUGUAAUAAAGGGGAAGUUCCCAGCCAGUCGUGGUACAAUCAUGAUUGUUGCUUUCGUUGCUCUGGCCAUCAUGAUUGCAUCUCUUAUAGUGGUGAUUGCUAUACACCCUUCUGAGCAUGAGUUGUAA